AUGGCGCUCGGCGAGGGCGGGGAUCACGGCGCCGCCACCCUGCCCCUCAUCGCGGACCAGGCGAAACAUGGCGGCGGCGGCGGCAUCGUCCGAAGCGGGAGCAUGUGGACGGCGGCGGCGCACGUGAUCACGGCGGUGAUCGGGUCCGGCGUGCUGUCGCUAGCGUGGAGCAUCGCGCAGCUGGGGUGGGUGGCCGGCCCGGCCGCCAUGCUCGUCUUUGCGGCCGUGACGGCGCUCCAGUCCACGCUCUUCGCCGAUUGCUACCGGUCGCCGGACCCCGAGCACGGCCCGCACCGCAACCGCACCUACGCCAAAGCCGUCGACCGCAACCUUGGUAGCAGCAGCUCGUGGAUGUGCAUGCUGCUGCAGCACACGGCCCUGUUCGGCUACGGCAUCGCCUACACCAUCACGGCCUCCAUCAGCUGCAGGGCGAUUCUGAAGGCGAACUGCUACCACGAGCAUGGGCACGACGCACACUGCGACUACGGUGGCAGCUACUACAUGCUCGUCUUCGGCGCCGCCCAGCUCCUCCUCUCCUUCAUACCGGACUUCCACGACAUGGCGUGGCUCUCCGUCGUCGCCGCGGUCAUGUCGUUCUCCUACGCCUUCAUCGGCUUUGGCCUCGGCCUCGCAACAACCAUUGCUAACGGGACGAUCAAAGGAAGCAUAACAGGUGUUAAGAUGAGGACGCCUAUGCAGAAGGUUUGGCGCGUCUCGCAGGCCAUCGGCGACAUUGCCUUCGCGUACCCGUACUCCUUGAUCCUCCUGGAAAUACAGGACACCCUAAAGUCACCACCGGCCGAGAACAAGACGAUGAAGAGGGCAUCGAUGAUCUCGAUCCUUGUCACGACAUUCUUCUACCUCUGCUGCGGCUGCUUCGGCUACGCCGCCUUCGGGAGCGACGCGCCGGGCAACCUCCUUACCGGCUUCGGCUUCUACGAGCCCUACUGGCUCAUCGACUUCGCCAACGCGUGCAUCAUCCUCCACCUGCUGGGCGGGUACCAGGUAUACAGCCAGCCGAUCUUCCAGUUCGCGGACAGGUUCUUCGCGGAGCGGUUCCCGGACAGCGGGUUCGUGAACGACUUCCACACCGUCCGGUUCGCGUGCCUGCCGGCGUGCCGGGUGAACCUGCUGCGCGUGUGCUUCCGGACGCUGUACGUGGCGUCCACGACGGCGGUGGCCGUGGCGUUCCCCUACUUCAACGAGGUGCUGGCGCUGCUGGGCGCGCUCAACUUCUGGCCGCUGGCCAUCUACUUCCCCGUGGAGAUGUACUUCAUCCAGCGGAACGUGCCCCGGUGGUCCGCCCGCUGGGUCGUCCUGCAGACCUUCAGCGUCGUCUGCCUCCUCGUCAGCGCCUUCGCACUCGUCGGCUCCAUCGAGGGGCUAAUCACCCAGAAGCUAGGCUAG